CCGGACGUCAACCAUUCACAGCUGAUAAACUCCAGUCAUGUCAACACGUCGGGAUCUUGACACCUUUCUCCUCCUUGGGAGUCACGUGUCGUUUCCCCUUUCUUGGAAUCAUGAGGGCCAGAGGGCUUAAUUUGGUUGAAAUCGUUCCACGGGGAUGGGCGUUGAAGAGGCAAAAUGGCGUGGUGUUCGUUUCGUGGUUUCAGCUGGAGAUUUAGGUCUUGACUGAGACUUGCAUGCCAUUUCUGCCUAAUGUCAUGAGGGCUCACAGGGUCUGAGUUCUCAUGUUUUUGGUUGGAGGCGAUGGGUUGUGUUGAUGCACUAAAUAUAAGUGUAUUUUGUUUUGAAAGAUGUAUUCUUUUUAAGUUUGAUCAUUAUCUUUAAAAAUAAAAGUGAUGUAGACCUACCAGGAUCUUCAUGUUAGUCUGAAUUUUAAGGGAAACUACUGAAGAUUUACAAUAGAAGUGUUGGUAAAUACCGCGUUAUGAACACUUUCUACUGGCAACCAUAUUUUAGUAUCACGGAAGGAUUAAAUAUAAAUGGAAAGCAAGUAGUGUAUCAUCAGCUUUUCAUACUAAGUCUUCACACUUGAUAGUUGAAAGUAAUAAGAAAUUACCUGGCAAUUACAAUGAAUAUUGCUGCAGUGGUUUAGUUUACUUUAACAUGAUUUCCAUAUCUCGAGGCUAGGCCAAGGCAUGAUAAACAGUUGUUACUACUUGAUGAUUUGUAUUAAAAAGAAACAAUUACAAAUAUACAUAAGUAUUAAAUUAUUGAAAAAAGAAAAAAAUAUUUGGAUGUUUCUUCAAAUACGUGAGAUAUCUUAAUAUCAGUUUGCAACCAAAAUACAUAGAAAAUUUAUUUCUAAUGAUUGAUAUUUUUGUUUUUAGUUAUUGGCAUAAGUUUAUACAUUGUAAAGAAAUAAAAAGGUUUGAAUUUAAUUUAACAAGAUUAGUUUUGAUAAUGAAAUAUGUGGAUGAUGUUCAGAAGACGCUUGCACAUCCUCUGUUGUCUGAGUCAGUAUGACCCCUGCAUAUGCCAGUGCUCUGGCAAAUACCAAUAAAAUUUUUUUUUUUUUUUUUUUUUUUUUUUUUAAGCUACAUCUUGAAAACCUCCCUGGUAUUCACCAUCCAAUAAGAAAAACAGUUCAACUGUAUCUUGUUUUUGAAGGCACUGUGGAUGUUCUCAAAAUGAUUACUGUAGUUCAUAAUUUAGACAUGCAAAAAUUAGAUUUUUCAUAUAACAAAUAUAAUUGUCUUAGGUUUCCUACAUAGUAGUAUAACUUUCAGUUUGGAGAUUGAAUUUGUGUUGGAAAUAACCUAUAAAGUAUUAAGAAAAAUAUAUGCCAUACUGCUAGGAGAAUGAGGAUAGGGAAACAAAUAUUACAUAAUUAUUGGCUACACAUCUAUUAAACUUGCUCAUGCCUCUUCAUAAUUCCAAAAUAUAUACAUAAGGUCUAUUUUAGAUUUAUAAAUAGGUAUACAACAUGAACUAAAUGAUAUAAAGUGCUGUGUAUGUCCAAUGCCUUUUUAUGUCAUAUGUUAGAAUGUAGUAUAUGUAACUGUUUUCAUGGAAAUAUAAGAGAAUAGUCAAGUUUUACCUAUUUAAACUCUAUAUUAUUAUUUCAUGUUCAGUAUGAUAUUCACAGAAAGUAAUGGAAACAGUAGAAGCAGUGGCCAGUAGCGAAGAUGGGCAGACUGAAGCAAAGAGAAUUCGUCUGUUAGUGGCACCAGAUGCUGGAGAAGGUCAAUGGCCUAUGUUCACGUAGAUUUCUUAGCUUCAAAGUGUGAGCAACUAGAUGGUGGAUCCACUGAACAGACAACUAGUAUCUUCUUGUACAGUGCUGAUGGAAAUCUUGUUCCUGCUGAGAUUGUUGUUGACAGUUUGAAUGAUAACAUCAUAGCUGUCCCGGUAGAAAAUAGUGUACUGAAGAAGGAGAAGGUAACAAGAGUGUUGGAGGCACCCAAAAUUCUCAGAACCACAGAAAUUCAAGGAUUAGGGCCCAAAAAGACUACAAAAAGCCAAAAUAUUACAUUGUUACAGUCUCGGCCUCAAUCAUCAAACACUCGGACCAAGUGUGUCAUUCCCUCAAUAUUGCAAGCCAAACCCAAGCAUCCAUUGCAAAACACAGUCACUAAAAAUAUUGUCAUUGCAUCACAUACUCAAAACAAAAUACCAUCAAAGCCAGAGCCCAUCAGUACAAAGAUCCUGAUAACCUCGGAUGGACAGGCAAAGCCCCAGCCAAUUCUGAGUACAGCAACCCUCAAGAUGCCUUCACCUGUGGAUUUGCAUGUCAAGGCACAACUUUCUGAUUUUAUUGAUGAUCGCUUGUCCUUGCUUAGCGAUGUGUCAGAGAAGAGUGGAGGUCAAGGAGGUGGAGGUGCCUGUCAGACAGUGGUAAUGCGUGCCAACAGUCUGGGGGAGCUCGAACUGGACCCAAUGUUUGUCACUGGUGAGGGACUCAUCGAGCCUGAAGGGGAGGAAGUGAGGCUUGCAACAGCCUCUGACCUGAGCCCAGCAGACCGUCUGAACUGCAGCAUAUUGGCUGGAGUAAAUAAAACAGAAGAUGUGAAUAUUGCUGAAGAAGUGCAGGUUGACUUACAGCCUUCUGCAGCCAGAGUCAAGGGUAGCAGUGGCAAUGUCAACCAAAACUGGUUCACAUCAAGAGAGGAUAAGCAAAUGUUACGGUGGAGAGGCCAUGCUUGGAGACAAGGAAUGUGGUCUAAGGAGGAGACUGACAUGCUUCAGCAGAAUAUUGAAAAGUACUGCUCUGAUCGUGGACUCUCUGAUCCAGCCUCAGUCAUUUUCAAGAUGUCCAAAGAAGAGCGCAGUGGAUUCUACCGGGUUAUUGCCCAAGGCCUUAAUAGACCACUCUUUUCUGUGUAUAGGAGAGUCAUUAGGUUAGUAUGAUA